AUGGAACCUUUCCAGCAUGUUAGACAGGUUCAUCAGUAUAGGAGAAGAUUGGGAAUGCCAUAUGCCAACUUCAACUGUAAUGGUAGAAUUUGGUUUUUUGUGAAUGAUAAUAUUGAUGUGGAGAUUAUUGAUAACACUGAGCAGCAGACUACUAUUAAGCUCAAUUUUCUAUCCAUGAGUAAAUUUCUGAUUGUUACUAUGGUCUAUGCUAAGUGUGACAAUGGAGAGAGGUUAAAUUUGUGGGAUAGUCUAUAUUGUCAGGCUGCUAAUCUGACUCUUCCUUGGCUGAUUGGUGGAGAGUUUAAUGUUAUAUUAAAUGAGGAAGAAAAAAUUAGAGGACUGCCAGUAUAUCCUCAGGAAUAUGAAGAUUUUGCAUUUUGCAUUAACUCUUGUGAUUUGUCUGAAAUCAGUUACAAGGGCUGUCCUUUUACUUGUUGGAAUGGUAGAGCAGAUAGAGAUUGCAUUUUUAAAAGAUUGCAUAGGAUGUUAUUAAAUGAAUGGUUUCAGAACUGGUUUGGACAUUUAGAGGUUGAUCAUUUAUCCAGAACUGGAUCAAACCAUGCUACUAUGUUGUUAUCAUGUAGUGAUCAAAUGCAGCAAUUUAAAAUGAAAAAGGUUAAAACAACUUUAUCUCAUUGGAGUAAGCAGUAUUUUGGGGAUAUCUUCAAGCAACUAUGUAUUAGGGAAGAUAUUGUUAGAGUUAAGGAGAAAUUAUUUGAAGAAGAUCCCUCAGAAGUAAAUAGAAUGGUCUUGCAAAGAGCACAAGCCGAACUGAAAAAGAGAAAGAGAACUCAUCUUGGUAGAAUUCAGAAUGCAGAUGGAAAUUGGAUUGAGGGUAUAGAUAAUAUUGCUGCUAAAGAAGAUAAUGAUCUUAUCUGUGGCAUGCCAUCCUUAGAGGAGGCGAAACAAGCAGUUUUUGAAUUGGCAAGUGAUAGUGCAAGUGGUCCUGAUGGUUUGACAGGUUCUUUCUACCAAUCCUGUUGGGAAAUUGUAGGUUCAGAUGUCUUUCAAGUGGUAACAGCUUUCUAUGAAGGAUUUGUCAAAGGAAGGAACAUUAUUGAGAAUGUCUUAUUGACCCAAGAAAUUGUGUCAGACAUUAGAUUGAGAGGGAAACCAGGAAAUGUAGUCAUUAAGCAUGAUAUCACUAAAGCAUAUGAUAGAUUAUCAUGGUUAUUUCUAACAAGGGUGCUAAGGAGAAUGGGAUUUGCUGAACAAUGUAUUGACUUGGUCUGGAGGUUGAUAGCUAAUAAUUGGUACUCAGUACUCAUUAAUGGCCAGGCUUAUGAUUCUUUUCACUCAUCUAGGGGUGUUAAACAAGGGGUUCCUUUGUCUCAUACACUGUUCAUUCUAGCUGCAGAAGCACUUUCAAGAUCUUUGAAUGCUUUAUUUCUGAAAGAUAAGUUCAAGAGCUAUGGGUUUCCUAAAUGGAGUGCCUAUCUCAAUCAUCUGGCUUAUGCAGAUGAUACAAUUAUCUUUGCUUCUGCAGAUCCUACGUCUUUACAGUUAGUUAUGAAGACUCUGAAGGAAUAUGAACAAAUAUCUGGUGAGCUGAUCAAUGAGAGAAAAAGUUCAUUUUACAUGUUCUCUAAAGUGGAUAACAAUAUUAUUCAGCAAGUUGCUGCUAUCACUGGUUUCACUAGAGGGUGA